CACCCAACAACGCCAUAUCGCUUUUUAAGGAUGCUCGCGAGAGUGAUGCCGGCUCAUAUUCAUGCGUCGUUGACAACAUUGCCGGCAGAGAAAUAAGUGUUGCGAAACUCGUAGUGGGUAGUGUUCCAUCGAUUGUUCCAUCGUCACAAACUGUCAGUGUCAACAUCGAAGAGGAGGUCAUUCUACAUUGUAAAGCAAUUGGCUAUCCAUCACCAAAUAUCACUUGGCUACGCAACGGAGUUUUGCUUGACUCGCACAACCAUUCUCGCUACACAGUCCUCCCUGAUGGUCAUCUGCUUAUCACAAGUCAGAAUUUCACUCGACAACCUGAAUUUUCGAAGGGUCAAGAUUGUGACUCAGCAAAUUUAGAUGCACAGCUUGAAGAUCAGACCACCUUCACAUGCAUUGCAAAAAAUGAAUAUGGCGCCCAGUCGAAAACCACAUCAGUGAAGUUCAACUUGAUCUUAACAGUUUCUCCUGUGCUGGGCCAUGUGCCACCGGAAGAGCAGCUCAUAGAGGGUGAAGAUCUGCGACUUUCGUGCGUGAUCGUACUUGGAACUCCAAGGCCGCAAAUCAAAUGGUUCAGAGACGGAGCUCCGAUAAAGCCUAGUUCAUCACUCA